UUCACUUUUGCACUCUCUAUUCCUUUGCUUCUUUCCUUUCCACAAGCAUGCAUCAUUUUGUGCUAACCUUAUUCUUUUUAGUUUCCACUAUGUUGGUUGAUGCUAGUAAAAGCCUAAUGGGCUUUAGCAUCGAUCUCAUUCCACGUCACUCUCCAAUAUCCCCAUUAUAUAACUCCCAAAUGACCCAAACCGAGUUAGUUAAAAGUGCUGCCUUACGAUCUAUUACUCGAUCGAAACGAGUAAAUUUUAUUGGUCAAAUUUCACCACCAUUAUCACCGUCACCGUCACCAUCAUCAUCACCACCAUCUCCACCAUCACCAUCAUCAUCAUCAUCAUCACCUGCUGAAAGUAUCAUAACUCCUAUCCCUGACCAUGGAGAAUACCUAAUGAGAUUCUCUUUAGGCACUCCGAGUGUUGAAAGGCUUGCAAUUUUUGACACGGGGAGUGAUCUCUCUUGGCUACAAUGCACCCCUUGUAAAACAUGUUACCCGCAAGAAGCACCAUUGUUUGAUCCAACCCAAUCUUCAACCUACGUGGAUGUGCCAUGUGAGUCACAACCAUGCACACUAUUCCCCCAAAACCAACGCGAGUGUGGGAGCUCAAAGCAAUGCAUUUACCUUCACCAAUAUGGUACGGACUCAUUCACCAUUGGGAGAUUGGGCUAUGACACCAUUAGUUUUAGUUCAACUGGUAUGGGCCAAGGUGGUGCCACAUUUCCCAAAUCUGUGUUUGGGUGUGCCUUUUAUAGCAAUUUCACGUUUAAGAUAAGUACCAAGGCCAAUGGCUUUGUGGGCCUUGGGCCUGGCCCAUUGUCACUAGCCUCGCAACUAGGAGACCAAAUUGGCCACAAAUUUUCCUAUUGCAUGGUUCCUUUUAGUUCAACCUCUACGGGAAAAUUGAAAUUUGGUUCCAUGGCACCAACAAAUGAGGUUGUGUCCACACCCUUUAUGAUCAAUCCUUCUUACCCUUCAUAUUAUGUCCUCAACUUAGAGGGCAUCACAGUUGGACAAAAAAAGGUGUUGACUGGUCAAAUUGGUGGCAACAUAAUCAUUGAUUCGGUGCCCAUAUUGACACAUCUUGAACAAGGAAUUUACACCGAUUUUAUAAGUUCGGUGAAGGAAGCUAUUAAUGUGGAGGUUGCGGAAGAUGCUCCAACCCCAUUUGAAUAUUGUGUUAGAAAUCCAACUAACUUGAAUUUCCCCGAAUUUGUGUUUCAUUUUACAGGGGCUGAUGUGGUCUUAGGCCCAAAGAACAUGUUUAUUGCCUUGGACAACAACUUAGUUUGCAUGACGGUGGUGCCCUCCAAAGGAAUUUCCAUCUUUGGAAAUUGGGCACAGGUUAAUUUUCAAGUAGAAUAUGACCUUGGAGAGAAAAAGGUUUCUUUUGCCCCUACCAAUUGCAGCACCAUUUAAUUUAGCUUAUCCUUAGAGAGACCUUUUAGUUAUACUAUUUCCUUAGUUAAUUUAGAUUUUAUUUCGAUGAGAAAAAGGUUAUGUAUGUUUUCUUUUGUAGUUUUUUUUUUUACUUAACUAGAUAGUUAGGAACUCUACCUGUCAGAUGUAGACAUGUAGUAGGUUGAUCUAUAUGUAAUGCUUCUACUUAUUUCUGCCAGUUUGAAUUGAAUUUUUGUGAUAAAUUUGGAA